AUGGCUCAAGCUAGUCAGCCCAUGAAACCGCCCAAGGGCCACUUUUUCUUGGCGGGGCGUACCUUUCCGAGGGUAAAGUGGUGGAAGAGGCCGAACAUGCGCCUCUUGUAUUUCUAUAUUGCAGUCUUGAUUGCGACCAAUACAGCCAACGGCUUUGAUAACUCUAUGAUGAACGGCCUGCAAACUCUGUCUUAUUGGCAGGACUAUUUCAAUCAUCCCCAAGGACCUACUCUUGGCCUAUUCAACUGCGUUAUGAGUGUUGGAGCAUUGACUGGACUGCUGAUUCUACCGUUCAUGUUGGAUCGGUUUGGGCGAAAGCCAUGCCUGGUGUUUGGGUCGAUGUUCAUGCUUCUUGGUGUCGCCCUGCAGUCUGGCUCCAUCAACUUUUCCAUGUUUGUAGGUGCUCGGUAUAUACUGGGAUUCGGCGACAUUAUUGUCAUUUGCACAGCUCCAAUGCUCAUUACAGAGAUUGCACCUGCCCAAGAUCGAGCAAUCUUGGUAACAAUUGCAGGUGCAACUUAUCAUUCCGGCGCGUUUAUCGCAGCUUGGACUACAUACGGUACCUUGAAGAUUCAGAGCGAAUGGUCCUGGAGAGCACCGAGCUUAAUCCAAGGACUCUUUACUCUCUUGAUGCUUGCCGUUGUUUGGUGGAUCCCGGAAAGCCCAAGAUACUAUGUCUCAAAAGAUCAACCGGAGAAGGGACUCCAGAUUUUAGUACACUACCACGCCGAAGGAAACGAGGCGGACGAAGUUGUUCAAUUGGAGUUUACGGAGAUCACUACUGCGCUCGCCAUGGAGAAGAACUCAGAGCAUUCCAGCUCCUAUGUGGACUUUGUGCGAACCGCAGGAAACCGAAAACGACUCCUGAUUGUCGCCUCCUUUGGCCUCUUUGCUCAAUGGAGUGGCAAUGGCCUGGUCAGUUACUAUCUUGUUUUGAUUAUGGACAGCAUCGGGAUUACAGACGCCAACAAGCAGUUGCUGAUCAAUGGCGCAUUAACUUCAUUCAACCUCGUCACAAAUCUGUUUUUCAGCUUUUUCGUCGACGACUGGGGUAGACGACCUAUCAUGCUGGUCAGCUCUGCUGGAAUGCUUGUCUCAUUUGUGAUCUGGACAGCACUGUCAGCAAAGUACGACGCACAUGCUAGCUCAAGUCUCGGUUCCGGCGUCCUAGGGAUGAUUUUCAUCUAUUACCUGUUCUAUAACCUCAAGUCGGGUCUGAUUGCCAGCUAUACAACUGAAAUCCUUCCCUAUUCUAUGCGGGCCAAGGGAUACACGAUCAUGGAAUUCGCCAUGUACAUCGCGCUAUUCUUUAACCAAUAUGUGAACCCCAUCGCACUUGACAAUCUUCACUGGCGGUAUUAUAUCUUCUACUGCUGCUUUUUGGCGGUGGAAGUUGUUGUGAUCUGGUUCUUCUAUUUGGAGACUCGGUAUGUUCCGUUGGAGGAAAUCACCAAGUUAUUCGAUGGCGACGAUGUUGCAGCUGCGACCAAUGUGGAGAUGGAAAAGGCCUGGGAGUCAGGCAAGGGCUUCACCACCGCGGUGCAUAUCGAGGGUGCAGACUGA